ACGUGUCAUUAUCACGUGUCAGUGUUAUUAUUAUUAUCCCCCACGUGCAGUAUUUAAACACCCCUUCAUAAAGUGUUUCAGUCAUCCUCAAAACACCGUGACCGAUACAUUGUUACCAGUCUAUAUGCAACGUUGGAAUUCCUGUGGCGAUAUAUUAAAUGAAACGUGGUGCACUGUAGAUUGUAAGAUACGGAAAUAACCAUGUCUAGUUCAAGUUCAGCGUCUACAUAUUCAGCAGCAACUAACAAAGGUGUGCUUCACCGAUACAUGCAACUGCCACAAAGAAACAAAGUACAAUGUAUGUACAUAUGGAUAGAUGGGUCUGGAGAAGGAGUCCGAUGCAAAUCGAGGACCAUGGAUUUUGAACCCAAGUCCCCUGAAGAGUUGCCAGUUUGGAACUACGAUGGCUCAAGCACAGGGCAAGCUGAAGGAAGCAACAGUGACAUGUAUUUACAUCCAGUGGCUUUAUUUGAAGAUCCAUUCAGACUAUCACCCAAUAAGUUGGUUCUCUGUGAAACGUAUAAAUACGACAGACGACCAGCAGAAACAAACUUUCGUCAGUCAUGCAAGAAGUCGAUGGACAAAGUGAAGCAUGAUAUACCAUGGUUUGGAAUGGAACAAGAAUACACACUGCUCAGCCAAGAUGGUCAUCCAUUUGGCUGGCCUAAGAUGGGAUAUCCUGGCCCACAAGGUCCAUAUUAUUGUGCCGUGGGUGCUAACAAAGUAUAUGGUCGUGAUAUUUUGGAAGCACAUUAUAGAGCUUGUAUUUAUGCUGGCCUUGAAAUCAGUGGCACCAAUGCUGAAGUUAUGCCAGCCCAGUGGGAGUUCCAAAUUGGACCUUGUGAGGGAAUUGCAAUGGGUGAUCAAUUGUGGAUUGCUAGGUUUUUACUCCAUCGUGUUUGUGAAGACUUUGGUGUUAUUGCAUCUUUGGAUCCUAAGCCAAUCCCUGGAGACUGGAAUGGAGCUGGUUGCCAUACCAACUACAGUACGCUUGCAAUGAGAGAAGAUAAUGGAAUCAGGUAUAUUGAAGAUGCUAUUGAAAAGUUAAGUAAGCGACAUAUGCAACAUAUUAAAUUAUAUGAUCCCAAUGAUGGUGAGGACAACGCUCGUCGGCUCACAGGAUUCCAUGAAACUUCGCAUAUUACAGACUUCUCAGCUGGUAUUGCUAAUCGAGGUGCAAGUAUAAGGAUACCUCGCCAGGUUGGAGAAGACAAAAAAGGCUAUUUUGAAGAUCGUAGACCAUCAUCUAACUGUGAUCCAUAUCGUGUAACAGAAGCCUUGGUGCGAACAACAAUUCUUGAUAAUUGGGAGGAGGAAGCAGCAGUUGCAGAUGAAGACAAUUGUUAAUUGCUGAGAACUGUACUUGUGGCUGUACAUCCAUCAGAACUCUAUCUAUUCUGUAAAACAAUUGAACCAUUUUGGAGAUCUUCCGAUAUUUUUGACUUUAUGGGAGGGGAGGGUUUGAUUUCAUCAUUUUUAAAUGUUCGAAAAUGUAUAUUUUUUGUUUUCAGUUCCAGAAUUUAUUUUUAAUUGGAAUUAUUUUAGGUUAAAAAUGGUGAGAAUAUACUGCCCAAUUAUUCAGCAAUUUUAUUUUAAUUUUUUUCUUCAGGGAGCAAAUAUUCCCUGCUAAGCAGGGUUAAAGUAAUUGAAAACUACCACAUUGACAUUUCCCUGCGACCCCAAGUAGAUGGCAUCAGCUGUCAAUAUUGUGGUGGGAGAUGACACUUCAAUCUCCACUAUUUAUUGAAAACUUCUCGCAUAUGUAUUUACACAACUGACCUUUUUGUAUGUAGUUUUAAGCAAACAAAAUGUUAAUAAUAAAAGAAGUUUAAGAUUUGAA